UUUUCACAAAUUAUAUUAAAAAAUAGUAUGAAGCUAUUGCCCUUUGAGCUUUUAUGUAGAAGAUCUCGCUCAUAAAACAAAAUUUAACUCAUAUUUAUAGUGGCUGCAGGAACAAAUUAUUAUGAAGAAUUAAGGAAUCAAACAUACUCGAACACCAUAUGGGACAUAUUCCAAUUUGCCUUCAUCUUGGUCGUACUUAAUGUGAUGACUAGAGUUUUAUCUAAAAGAUCUAGAGGCUCUAUCUCGUAUAAUUUUAAGAGUAUUCCAGAAGAAGACUACUCUGAUGAUGAGGAAGAGUUUGACAUGGAGUCUGACGAAGAAAGCCAGGAUGAGAUGUUCUCAAAAUUUGAGCGGACACUUUAUCAUAAAUACUUUACAUUCACAAUAAAAGUAUUGAUUAUGAUUGUGGAGCUUGUUCUUUUGCAUCAUAUCUUAGGAUUGUUAUUUGAUAACUUUGUUGCAUUCAAUAUUCUUCCUGCUAAUGUCGAGGUGAUCAUCCUCAGAAUGAUGCUUGUCUUAGGAGCAUGGAUACCAUUAUCAUACAGAUAUUUAAAGUUAUUCAAAUGAGAUAGAGAAUGAUACAAAUUCAUCAAAAAGUGAAUCCCACUUAUACUUCUUGCUGCAUUCCUUUAUUCCUUAAUCAUUGUUGUAACAUUCAGUGGAUAUUGUAGAUGUCCGUACAAUACGAAUACACCUGGAUUACAAGUUGGAAGAGAUGUUCAUAAAUCAACAGCUAUUGUAAGAUACUAUAGAUCUGAAAGUUGCCCUCAAGUAUCAUCUCCUUGAUUUGUCUACGCAACUCUUCCAGAGAAUGCAAUGGAAGGAGUCAUAAUCAAUUUUCAUUUAAAUUCUGAAUCAUGCUUCAAAAAUGAGUGAUUUCCAACUUUGAAAUACAAGAUUUUUGACUCUUCUAAACAAUCGAUUGAAUGGAAAGAAGCUAAUGUGAGAAUGGGAGAGUAUGAGCUUCCUUCUUCAGAAUAUACUUUUAGAUCUGUCUAUUCUUCUUAUAUAAACGGACUAAAGCCAGACUCUAUUUAUCUUUUCAAAAUUUCUGAGAGAUCAUGGCAUAAGUCUUCAAGCCCAAACACUUUUUCUUAUCAAACGUUUGGCAAAAGGCAAAUUAAAAUAUUAACUGCUGGUGAUGUUGGAAAUGAACCAGAAGCGCUUGAAAUGAGUGAUAAUACAGUUAAAAACUUAAAUGUAGAUCUUAUGAUUUUUGGAGGAGACAUAGCUUAUGACAACAAUAUUGAUACUUGAUAUCUUACAUGGGAUUAUUUUCUAAAGCACGUGCCACAGAAUGUAAAAGAUGCUCAAACGAACAGUACCAGGCUGAUCCCGAUGAUACUUGCUUCAGGUAACCACGACCUUGGAGUUCAAUCCUUCUCUCAAGCCUCGAUUCCUCACAACACUCAUCAGCCGAUUUACAAGCAUUGGUUCCCUCAAAAUCUCUUCGAAGGUCUUCUUCCUGACCUUCAUCACCGUAGGACUUUCUUCUCUCACAAAUUCGGCUCUUCCUUGCACAUAAUCUCCCUUGACACCGCUUUUGCUUUUGAAAUGGGAGGUGCACAGUCAAAAUGGCUUGAAAAUAUCCUAAAAUCCUCAACUUCCACUACCAAAAUCGUGCAAUACCACGGCCCUCUAUACCCUAGCUGUGAGCCUGAAGACCCUAGUGACCACACCGUGAUCAAAUCCGGUGUGGAGCACUGGGUUCCUCUAUUCGAUAAAUACAACGUGACUUUAGUCUCUGAGAACCAUAACCAUGCGUUUAAGAGGACCAAAAGGAUCACUGCAGGGGAGCCUGACCAAAAAGGAAUUGUUUAUAUUGGAGAUGGGAAUUAUGGAACAAGGAUCCCCCCAGAAGGCUGCACCAAGAUAAACCAAGACAUCAUGGAGAAGGCCUCAGACCAGGGUAGAGGAGGGAAUAAGGGAUUUGAGAGGGAGACUGAGUGCAGUGUCUGGCUGUUAGAGCUGGAUGGCAAGGGAAAAAUUGAAGCAACUGCUUAUGGAUUAGAGGGUGAGGUGAUUGAUAAUUUUGUGAUUGGGGAUUAGAAUCAGUGA